AUGGACACUUUAAGUAACUUGCUGCGGGUAAAAAUACUUAGACCCUCAGACUAUGGAGAUGGUAGUCCUACGAGCUGGCAAUCAUUCGUGGAAAGGGAGUGUAGUGUCGGCUUUGAUCGUCAUUGCCAAUUGCCAUUCUACCUUUGGGUGUGGGUGGCCAAACGCAAGGAUACUACUCGUCUGAUGCUAUUUUCAGACCAGUACAUGUCUGAUGGAUUCUCAGGUAACGUGAUAUUAAAUUGCAUACUUGAACAUGUAGCAAAACUUGCCAGAGAAUCCUCAUCGGAAUACCAACGACCAUCUAUGUCGAUCGCAGAAGAAUUUGAGCUCCGACCGUCGCUCUACCGAAUAUGGCUUGACAGGAUAAAGUGGGUCAAGCCGCUGCUCAAAGGUUCUGAUGCAAUUUUCGGACGUCGCAUCCUUCGUCGCAAUGCACGCAACUUCGUUCCUCUUCUUGCAGCUCGUAAAGAUCAGAAGGAUUUUGCUGUACCUCCUAAAGUUAACGACACCAAAGCUCUAUUUGCCGAUGGAGAAACUGAAUCAAUGCGUGAAGCCCUGAAUAAAUGCAGAACAGAGGGCGUCGCCCUUGGUGGUGCUGUGGUUGUUCUUGCAUUGCUCGCGUUCUACCGUAUACGUUGCGGCGACGAACUGCAGAAAUGCAUACAUCCAUUUCGAAUCAAGAUGAGUAUAGACUGCAAUAUGCGGCAUCAAGUACAGCACCCGGCUGAAGAAGACACUGUGGGGAUGUACACUGCGACCACCGACCUGGAUUGGCUCAACUCCGAAGGCGUGGACAUGCUGAAUACACAAUUUUGGGAAUUGGCUGGUCGAGCUUGUCGCGAGGUUGAGGCUAAUAUCAAGAAUACCAUUGCAAUGGCGCUGCCUACUAUCCAAGCUGACCAGAAACUCAACGCCAAGAUGAAGCCAGCUUUUCUCAAGGACGUUCACAUUCCUCAUUCAAUCACCUCUGACGUUGGAGUCGAAGCGCUGUGCGUCUAUCCAUUCGAGAAGCAGCAUGCACUAUCUAAAAAUCUGGAUUCAGAGAGUCGACAGGGUCUUCUAGCAGCUUGCGAAGAGCGUUUGCCAACUGAAAGUGGAAGUGAUUUAACUCUACUCUCGCGACUUGCGACCAUAUGCUCGGCUCCACACAAAGAGUUAUCGGUUGAGAGUCUACAUGUGUUUAAAGCUCUACCACAUUUAGCUCCGUCUGUCGUGAUUUUUCUGUCCUCGGUACAUGCUUUCGGCUAUUCAAUGGCACAUAAAGUGGACGUUGAUGUUGGAAACGAUUUAUUCACAGCAUUCGUGCUGCUUUGUGAAAGCUUAGGCAGUAUCGGAAGCGACGAAAAUUUAGCUGAUGUUCUCGAUCGUUUGAACGAGUGA